AUGUCUGUGGACGGGCACAAAGAGGCCGUGGAGGCCGCCUCUCGGGGCACUUCCUCACCGAAGCCUGAUGUGGCCUCUACGGCGAUCGACGUGCCCGCGAAGGGCAGCGAAGACUCUGCAAAAGCGGUUUCUGCGGGGGGAAAGGUUGUAAUAUCUCGUUGCGAGUGGUGGGCGACGACGACAGCCUUUUUCUUUCUGGGGAUGAGCUCGCUGUUCGCGUGGAACAACGUGUUGUACCUGCUGCCGUACAUGACGGAGCAGUUUCUGGACGGGUGGGACGCGGGAAACUCGCUUUUGGGGGUGUUUCAGGUGGGGAAUUUGGCGGUGCAGGUGUUUUUGAUGUUUGCGGGGUCCCUGAAGGAGAUUUGGCUGCACCUGGGGCUGUUUCUGGGCUCGGUGAUGUGCGGCGUGCUGGGCCCGUGCGUGAUCUACGGGCCCCUGAACACCCGCAUAGCCCUGCUGCAUGCGCUGUGCCUGGUGCUGGGGAGCGGCAGCGGCCUCGUGCAGGGCAGCGGCUUCUCCUACGGGGCCGUAAUGCCCGUGAACCAGGUGGGGGUGUACAGCGCGGGCCAGGGCUUCGGGGCGAUCUUCUCGGUGGUGCUUGUGGGCAUUUUGUCUUACACCGCAGUGGACAUCACUGUGCGCGAAGACGUGGCCACGCUGGUGAACGCCACUGCUGCUGUCAGUGCUGCAGUUGGCCUCGUGUGCAUCCUGUUGAUGGCCCUGAGCAUUCGGCAGCCGGGGGCGCGGCUGGCGGUGUCUCAGGCGCGCGCAGAGAGUUCUCCGGAGAAGGUGGCGAGGAGCAGCAGCGGCUGCACGGAGCUGCAGGAGGUGGCCUCGGUGGCUGCUGCUGCUGCUGCUGCGCCGGCGGAGAAGCGCAGGCCCCUGUGCACCGUGCUGCGGCACUCGGGCGUGCCCAUUGCCUGCGUCUUCGCCCUGUUCUUCGUCACCUGCAACCUCUUCCCCAGAGUGGGGCCCCUCCAGUGGGCCACCGAGGGGGCCCCCAAGAACCACCUGGUGUGGCUGCUGGGCGUUUUCCCCUUCGGCGACACGCUGGGCAAGUCCCUCUGCGCCUACGCAGAACAGGGGCGUUUCUUGAAAGGCUUAAUUUUGUUUUCGCCGCGGCUGCUGCCGUGGCUGACUGCGCUGCGCUUCGCGCUCUACGCCCCGUUCUUCCUCAGCAAGCACCUCGCGGGCAGCGCGGUCUUCAACGCUUUCUGGUUCCAGCUUUUCGAAAUGGUGCUGUUGUCCGUUUCCCACGGCUGGUUCGCCACGCUGGCCUUCAUCUACAGCGUCGACGCUGUCCCGAACGUGGCCGACAAGAAACACGUGGGGCCUGUCGCGAUCGUCAGCCUGAUCCUGGGGAUCAUGUCUGGCCUGUACUUCGCGCUGCUGUACAAGUGA